CAAUAUCAUUGCCCCUUAUUAACGUUGCCAGCGUGUCCUCAGUCUGCCAUCAAAUUUGGCACCAACAAGACCACGGAAGAGAAAGGGCCAACGCGCUUAACGAACAGUCACGCAGUUCGCUGUUAGGUGUGCAAAUGUUGACCGAGCUGCUUACUAGCUAGAUUAGUAGCGCAUUUACAUUUCAGAGGAGCGAACAACCAAUCGCGUGUGAAAUACACUAAAGUGAAACAUCUUAGCUGAAGUGCGUAACACAAAAGACCCUUUUGUGUCCCAUCUUCAUUAGUUCUUCGCUGGAGUUUGUGUGUGUGUGUGUGUGUUUGUGUUAUGAUAAGACAUUGCUGGUGAUCCGGGUGAUCUGCAAAGGCUGUGUUGUUUGUAUUCCCGCCACCGCCAUACGAUGUUCCUGAAGGCCCUGCUGAUCGUGAUGUUGCUGCUGCUGACGCUGAUUCUGCUGCAGUGCGAUGGCCGGGCACUAAAGCGUGACAAAUCCGUGCCGGGCGACGACGACGACGAUGGUUACAGUUUCCUGUCGAGGAAAACAUCCGCGGCGAAUGCAUGCGAGCAGCUACCACCACCGGUGCUGACCGAAAUACUAGGACCGGCGUUUAAUCCACGCUACAUGAGCAUCGAGGAACCACCGGUAGCGGAGAAUGGCGGAGACCAAUCGAACCCGGCCGGAAAGCGGGACGCGGAACCGUUUCCCCCGUUCUACGUCGACGACAAGUACUCACUCGAGCUGAGCCACAAACCUGCCUGGGAGGUGAAACACGUAGCGGAAUCGAUUCCGCACGGUGAGCUUAUCGCUCGGGUUCGGACGCGGCGUGACCUGUUCAACGAUAUCCUGGACAAGCUCGAACCGGAGACUACAUCCGCGGCGACGCCAGACACUACACAGCCUCGCUCGGCACGAUCGUUCGGUGGCAAGGGCCGAUCGCGAGGUUCCGGCUCGGGCGGUACCCCACGGCCCUGGGAGUGCGAGGCAAAGAUACGCUGGAUCGAUCUGGGUCCGGAGUAUUUUCCCCGUUUCCUGCGGACGGUCGAGUGUACGAGGCAGAACUGUUGGUACGGGCACUACUCCUGCCAGCCGCGCUCGUUCACGGUGAAGAUCCUGCGGAGGCGAACGGGCGAGUGCGUGCAGAGCGAUCGGUUACGACGCAUCGGGGUGGACGGAUUGCCGGGCGAACUGCGCGAGCUGUGGGUGUGGGAGGAACGAGCGGUCAACUUCUGCUGUGACUGUGCGCCAGCCUUCUGAGCGUGGGUUCUUGCGAUCCCUCCUUCCCCCGGGAAAGCUGUUUUCGUGUGGCGUUGUAUAUUUAAGCGUUUUAUUUAAAUCUAUCGUACUUUCGUUGACGCACUGGUAAAUCUUAAUGUUGACAUUUGGAUAAGUGGCACAAAGCAAACAAGCUGUAGUAGUAUGUAAGUGAUGUAGCCUAACCUUGUAUAUAUAGUCAUACAUAAGGCAUUAGGUAUAGCGAGGGGAAACUGAAAAAGGGUGCUCGGUACGGCAUUACAGCAACGAGGUGGAAACAGCAAACCAGCACGUCACACCGGAUCGGCAGCGAGGGAACCGGUACCAAGACGAUCGUUUGUCCGUUAGUGUCUGGUGCGGGCUCCUGCAAAACAAACUCAGUGUUAUUGUGUGCACGUGCGUGCGUGCGUGCGUGUGGUUGUGUUUGUGUGGGCGUGAAGUAACAAAUAAAAUUAAAGCUUACCGCUGCCCAGCAGUGGCCAGAAGAGUGCA